AUGGUUAUCCACGAAAGUCACAAAUUAGUACAUCACGAUGGAAUCAGGGAAACCUUAAAUUGCGUGCGUGGAAAAUAUUGGGUUUUACAAGGACGAGAAAGAGUAAAGAGUGUCUUAAGACAAUGUGUGACUUGUAAAAGAUUCGAAGCGAAGCCCUUUGCUGCAGAAAAGGAACCUGUUUUACCAUCAAGUAGAGUAAGCGAAGAACCUCCAUUUUCAAACACAGGCAUUGACUUUGCAGGCCCCCUGUAUUCUACAAGUAAUGGGAAAUCAGAGAAAGUAUAUAUUUGCUUGUUUACGUGCUGCUCCACGAGAGCUGUCCAUUUGGAACUUGUUCCAAGUUUGAGUGUUCCUUUAUUUCUUCAAGCAUUUCGACGAUUUGUAUCUCGAAGAGGUUUACCUUCACGAUUAAUAACAGACAAUGCUAAAACAUCUAAGAGCGCAUCAAAGGAGGUAAAAAAUAUCUUGAGAUUGGUAGAAAUUCAACAAGAAAUGGCUUCGAAGGGAAUAAAAUGGGAUUUCAUCAUAGAAAAAGCACCAUGGCAGGGAGGAUUCUACGAGCGAAUGAUUCAAAGUACUAAGAGAUGUUUAAAGAAGAUUCUUGGACGAUCUUCGGUGGAUUUCGAAUCUUUAAGAACACUUUUAGUUGAAAUCGAAACGACUAUAAAUAAUAGACCGCUCAUGUAUAUGUAUGACGACGAAGAGGGAAUCUCGUACCCACUAACACCUUCACAAUUAAUCUAUGGAAGACAGAUAUCACUGACACCUAGUGAUCGACAGUUCGAUAUCAUCAGCACGAACAACGUGUUGACCAAAAGAGCAAAGAAACACCGACGCUUACUCGAGCAAUUUACAACUUGA